AUGGCCACACAAGAAGCAACACCCUCAUUGCAGCUGGUAUCUCAGUCACGCAGACAAAACAUAUCACUUCUACACGGUCCCGUCGAUCCCCCAUUGGUCGAUCUGACUCUCGGCGAGCUCCUGGAACUACAAUGCCAGCACCAUGGCACACAAGAGUGCAUCGUCACGCCCUGGACCGGUGCGAGGUGGACAUACAACGAGCUGAACCAGCAGAGCUCCCAACUGGCGAGAACUCUGAUGUCCAUCGGCAUCCGGGUUGGUGACAGGGUCGGCAUCAUGGCGGGAAACUGCGAGCAGUAUGCGGCCGUGUUCUUCGCAGUAGCACGCAUCGGUGCAAUACUGGUCAUUCUCAACAACACGUACACGCCCACCGAAGCUCAAUAUGCGCUAAAGUUCUCCGACUGCAAGGUUUUCUUCACUACCCUGAAAAUAGGGCGGGUGGAUAACACGAAGCUGCUCGGGGAACUGGCCAGCCAGAAGCAAGGCCCGGAUGUCGUGAUACUCCGAGGAGAGUCGCGAUCAUAUCCCACGUACAGCGACCUGAUCAAGCAGGGGCGCAGAAUGAGCAACGGUCACCUCCAUCGCCUCGGCCGGAAAGUGCUCGCGCACAACGUCUGCAACCUGCAAUUCACGAGCGGCACCACGGGUCUCCCCAAAGCGGCCAUGCUGACACACCACAACAUCGUCAACAACGCGCGCUUUAUUGGCGACCGCAUGCGCCUCACGCCCGACGACAUCCUCUGCUGCCCACCGCCCUUGUUCCACUGCUUCGGCCUGGUGCUCGGCCUGAUGGCCGUCAUCACCCACGGCGCCAAGAUCGUAUACCCGGAGGAGACGUUCGACCCAGCCGCCGUGCUGCGCGCCAUCUCGGACGAGCGCUGCACGGCCGUGCACGGCGUGCCCGCCAUGUUUGACACCCUCUUCAGCCUCCCGAUGCCGGCCAACUUCAACUGCGACAGCCUGCGCACCGGCAUCAUCGCCGGCGCCCCCGUGCCGCGCUACCUGAUGGAGUUGCUGGUGGAGCGCUUCGGCAUGACCGAGUUCACGAGCUCGUACGGGCUGACCGAGGCGUCGCCAACGUGCUUCAACGCCUUCACGGACGACGCCAUCGAGCGCCGCCUCACGACCGUCGGGACGCUGAUGCCGCACGCUCGCGCCAAGAUCGUCGACCACGAGGGCAACGUCGUGCCCGUGGGCGCGCGGGGCGAGCUGUGCAUCGCGGGUUAUCAGCUCCAGGCCGGGUACUGGAACAACUCGGAGAAGACGGCCGAGGUGAUGGCGUGCGACGAGGCUGGAGUGCUGUGGCUGCACACGGGUGACGAGGCUGUAUUUGAUGAUCAGGGGUACUGCAGUAUCACGGGGCGGUUUAAGGAUAUCAUUAUUAGAGGUGGCGAGAACAUCUACCCCCUCGAGAUCGAAGAACGCCUCAUGGCGCACCCGGCCAUCACCCGCGCCAUCGUCACGGGCCUCAAGGACGCCCACUACGGCGAGGUCGUCGGCGCCUUCCUGCAGGGCGGACCUCAAGACAAAGAACAGGGUCAGCGGCCGACAGACCAGCAGAUGCGCGACUGGGUGCAGCUGCAGCUGGGACGGCACAAGGCGCCGGCGCACGUCCUCUGGCUUGGCGAGGACGGCGUUCCGGUCGAGGUGCCCCUGACGGGCAGUGGAAAGGUGAAGAAGUUUGAGAUGGCGCGGUUUGGGGAGGAGAUACUGAAGAGGCGGAGGUUGGAGAAGCUGUGA